UAUCGCUUGCUUUCACCCUAGCAGAGAGAAAACAGAAACGAGGUAAAUGGAUCAGGCAGUUGAAAUGGAGAGCGAAAGGACUGGGUGGGUGACCAGAAAUAUCCAGGAGACAUGGCGUGGUUGCGUGACACAAUAGGAAAAUCUCACCCCACCAAAAACAGGACUUUUCUGAGGAACAAAGUGAAGGCCGUGGCUUCGAACUGCACGCCUGAAGGGUUUUCAUUUCGGCUUGCUUUGGUCUCUUACCUCGUUUAACCCAAAACAGCAGCAGCGAGCAGCCCGCAACGUCUCUGCUGAGCGGUAUCCGCAGAGAGAGGGACGUCUGUGGCCAGCAGCCUCGCCUGACAGCUUGAAAGGAAGCUCAGUAUGAGUCGAGAUGGUUGGAUGAGAAAGAGAGCCAAUGCCAGCGAUGACAGUGGUUGGGGAGAAAGUGGCGGCUACAUGGCUGCUAAGGUUUCCAAGCUGGACGAGCAGUUCAAACUCAAUGCCAACAGAGAAAAGCAGAAGGAAGGGACCAGCUCCAGCAUCUUCAGUGGGGUGGCCAUUUAUGUCAACGGAUACACAGACCCGAGCGCAGAUGAGCUCCGCAGGCUGAUGAUGCUGCAUGGGGGUCAGUUCCAUGUCUAUUAUUCGCGCUCAAAGACCACCCACAUCAUCGCCAGCAACUUGCCCAACUGUAAAAUUCAGGAGCUCCGAGGAGAAAAGGUCAUCAGACCAGAGUGGAUCACUGACAGCAUUAAGGCCGGCCGUCUCCUGCCUUACUUGAAGUACCAGUUGUAUGCUAAACAGAAGAACACACUCUUCCCCGGCGUGAUCCUGCGCCACACCUCAGAGAUGUCAGAACCGAGCCACUGUCCCCUUCAGUUAAACACGCAUCAAAAGCCUCUUAUGCCAGCACACAACACUGAGCCCUCUGUUCCCCGCAGCGGGGGAUCCUCAGACAACUCCUUCCCUGUCCCCGGCUUCAGCCAAGCUCAGCCUCAGUCCAUCCGCCACAGCUCCAAAGGAAACUUGGAUAACCACCAACCGAGUCAUUUAAAAUCCAGUCAACUCGUUUCAGGUGCGCCGCACAUGAGCGGAUCUUUACACAGGAACCACCUUUCCAACAAGCGCCACAAGUCUCCCAGUUCUUCACACAUGCAUGAAGAAGAGUUAAAAAUGAAUGGAGUUCCACAGACCUCACUGGAUACUUUGAGCCAUUCUAAAAUGAAGGAAAUGCAAGAGCGUGGAGAUCCUUGUCUUGUCGGGGCCUCGGUUAUUGUGGAAGAAGCCCCCCUGACCAAUGGACACGCUCAUCUUUUUAACGGUGCCUUAAAGUCAGAGGACAUGUCCCCUGUAGCAGAUCCUUCCUCCCCUGACAGGGACGUGUCCACAUGUAGAGCGAAGAGUUCAACAGAGAAACCUCAGAGUCCUGCAGUGCAGUCACACACCAAACCUGAUCCAUAUGAGUUCCCCCCCAGCCCUCCAAAGCAAUCAGACUGUUUUCCUAUUCUUCUGGAGCCAUCCAGCACACAAGAAGGAGGUGGUUAUGAACCUAAACCUCUGCCACCCUCCCCUCACGAGGCUUCAAAAGCCAAUAAACCCCAGCCCCCACUGAAAUGUCUCCAACCUCCCUCUCAGGUUGAACAGAUUUCUGAGCAGACUCCUCGAUCUCCUGCAUCUCGCUCUCUUUCACACUCUUCAGUUAGACUGAACGGAAGUCACCACAAAGUCUUCCCGUCUGACCCCCCUCAGCUUAAAACGGCCCAUGACACAGCCAAGCUUGAUCCUCCUGCCGAGGGGUCAUCAGCCUCCACGUCCUCGGACCAGCUGCUGGAGCAGACAGGAGGUCUGAUCUCGGAGUUCUACUCUCACUCCCGUUUGCACCAGAUCUCCACUUGGAGGAUCGCUUUCUCCGAGUAUGUCAACGAACUACACAGCAAACGCAAAACUGAGGGGAGUCCAUCGUAUCCCGGGAAAGAUCGAAUGAGGAAAUCUGUGGCACAGCGAUCCACCCAUGCACAGGGUAGGAAAACAGGAACAUCAUCAGCAGGCGGUGUGAAAUCCUGUAUCUUCCAUGUGGACAUGGACUGCUUCUUCGUGUCUGUGGGGAUCCGACAUAGACCAGAACUUAAAGGGAAGCCUGUCGCUGUUACCAGUAACCGUGGACUGGGCAAAGUCCCCAUCAGACCUGGAGCUAACCAUCAGGUGGAGCUGCAGUACUAUCAGAGCAAAUAUACUCAUUCUCAGCCAGAGAGAGCAGAUGAUGAUCUACCUGUAACUCCCUCGCAAGACAUUCCCAACUUCUACGGCAACAGCGUAGACCAGGAUGCUGCUGCCCUGUCGAUGGCAGAGAUUGCGUCCUGCAGUUACGAGGCCAGGCAAGUGGGUGUGAGGAACGGGAUGUUUUUUGGCAAAGCAAAAAAACUAUGCCCCUCGCUGCAGUCAGUCCCAUAUGAUUUUGAUGCAUACAAAGAGGUGGCUCUAAACAUGUAUGAGAUCCUGGCCAGUUACACCCAUGACAUCGAGGCUCUCAGCUGUGAUGAAGCGCUGAUAGAUGCUUCUUCUCUGCUGACUGAGGUGGGUGUUAGUCCAGAUGAUUUGGCCAAAGCCAUCAGAGGAGACAUUGAGGAGAAAACCGGAUGCUGUGCUUCAGUGGGAAUGGGGUCCAACAUUCUUUUGGCUCGACUCGCGACCCGUAAGGCCAAGCCGAACGGGCAGUACUUCCUCAGGUCUGAAGAAGUGGAUGAUUUUAUCAGGGACCUACCAGUGACCAGUUUGCCAGGUGUUGGGCAUGUUAUGGCCAAAAGACUUGCUGUUAUGGACGUUAAGUCAUGUGGGGACCUCCAGCAAGUCUCUCUAUCUCAGCUGCAGAAAAAGUUUGGACCUCGUACAGGACAAACUUUGUUUCGAUUCUGCAGGGGCUUAGAUGACCGGCCCGUCCGUUUUGAAAAAGAAAGGAAAUCCGUCUCUGCUGAGAUGAACUACAACAUCCGCUUCACCGCGGUCGAUGAGGCAGAGUCUUUCCUGACUAAUCUAUCAAUGGAGGUGCAGCGGCGUCUAAAAGAAGCAGGUCUGCGGGGUCGUAGAGUUACUCUAAAGGUCAUGGUUCGCAAGGUUGGAGCACCUCUGGAACCGGCCAAAUACGGAGGUCAUGGCAUAUGUGAUAAUCUUGCCAAGACUGUGAUGCUCGCUCAGUCCACCGACAGUGGCCAGCUGAUCGCCUCUGCUAUCAUCAAGCUGCUCCACGCCAUGAAGCUACAGGUCCAGGACCUGAGAGGUGUCGGCAUUCAAGUUCAGCAGCUCGAGGGAAAUCGACUUCAACCACAGGACUGCCGGGGAUCACGGACACGCUCCAUCAAAGACAUGUUGUUAGGCCAGGGAUCAAAUCCCAUCACUAACAAAGCAGACACUCUGCUCGAGCAGACGUCUUCAACAGCAGGUAGCUCAUCACCACAACCUUCAACACCUGGAGAGCCGGUCCCAGGAACAAGCAAAGAAACACCCGUCUGCAGACAAACGCCAAAACAUUCCCGGACCCGUCUCAACUUCAGCAUUGAAAUCCCCUCCCCCUCCCAGGUGGAUCGUUCUGUCCUGGAGGCCCUGCCAGCUGAGCUGAGGGAGCAAGUGGAGCAGUCGUGGACUAAGAGAGAAGAAAGACGGAAUCACUGCCAUUUACCUGAUAUGCAGCUUUCCUCUCCUAAUCCUUGUCCCGCCCUGUGUGCUCCACCUGCUGGAACAUUGCUGCUGCAGUUUCCAAACCAGCCAGACGGUCCGGGAAUUGUACUGGAAUUACCAAACUUCUCACAGGUGGACCCAGAUGUAUUUGCUGCCCUUCCCAAAGAGCUGCAGGAUGAACUGAAGUCUGCCUACAGCCGUGCAAACAAUGCCCAAGCACAGGCAAAAAUGGCCGAGCUGAAGAAUCCGCUGUUGCAGCUUAAACAGCCCACUGCAGGAACUGGCGUUGGACGGGUGAAGCGGCGCUACAAGAGGAAGAACGGAGUGAGUCCUGUUAAAAAAGGAACCUCACCCUUAAAGAGGCGUCAAGUAACAAACAGUCCAGCCAAAAACGUACCGCCGAUAAAACCACAAGAACCUGUGAAUGUACCAAAGACUGACAUUAACCCCUCCACCUCACAGCAGGACAUUGUGGUGUCUGUGACAAAGUCAUUUCCUCGUCCUGUUCCAACGUUGGCUGGAGCUUGUGACCUCACAGACAUUAAAACACUCCUACGGGAAUGGGUCACCACCAUAACAGAACCAAUGGAGGAGGACAUCCUGCAGGUUGUUAAGUACUGCACUGAUCUGAUUGAAGAUAAAGACCUGGAGAAGUUAGAUUUGAUAAUAAAAUACAUGAAAAGGCUCAUGCAGCAGUCGGUGGAGUCAGUUUGGAGCAUGGCGUUUGACUUCAUCUUGGACAACAUACAGGUGGUUCUGCAUCAAGCUUACGGUAGCAUCUUGAAGAUAUCAUGAAAACAAGGGGAAAGAAGUACCUUUGCUGUUCUACCAUGAUCUACCAUGUACCAAACGAAUCAUGACAUCUGAAUGAUCAUUUUAUGCUUUCUUAUCUUCUCCUGCAACAUCUCCCUGUUUCCUCAGUGGCCAAGAAAAUAAUGGCAGAAAAACAAAGAGCCAUCGUGGUAUUUUUUUAAAAGCAUGUAACGUAUGUCACGUUUUGUACAUAUUCUUUUCCAAUGUUGAAGCAGCUCAAACUGACGGACAAAAACACGUUCUCACUGUCUACUUAGUGCAGCUUAAAUUGCUGAUAAUCAUCACACCUUUGUUGUAAAUUUGCGAUUUGUGUUUCUCCAGGUGAUUAGCACUGCGUUUGAUUUGUCCCAGAAGUUUGGUCCGGGCAUGAUGUCAUAUCCAAGCUGAGCCCGUUCUGAUUGUAGGUCAGUAAACCAAUGAGAUUACACUGUUGAGGUGCUACUUUUAAUGUUACAAGCCAGGCACAGCUGCUUUGUUUCCCUUCUGUGGAUGCAACAUGCAUGGUAAUGGAGAUUUUGAUUUGUGUAGCUAGUUAAAUUUGAGACAGAUGGUUAGAAGUGCAAAGAAACAGGUUGUUCCUUCAACUUUAACCAUGGUUUAAACGUGUAGGAGCCAUAUUGGAUAUUGAACGUGAAAUGGCUUGGGGACCCCUAGAUUUCCCAGUCGACGUUCAGACUUUGGUGUGUGUUCUGUUCCGAUUUUUCCGAAUCGCGACUUUCAAGUACAAAUUGAACGCAGCCCAGUUCUGUUUGCCCACUUUUUAUCUUGCCCACCUGUUCGGGCCCAGCAUUGAAAAGUUUAAAGAUAAUUUUCUUUCCCGUUUUAUUUUCAGCAGAGCAGUUGACUUACCUCACAGGUGCAGGUAGUAGCUUUGAAUAUGAGGCUCGUCAUGUUUAAACACAAAACCAAACUCUGUGAUCACUUUUAGCAACUGUUAACCUCGUAGCACUCCUCCUCCUUCGGUGCUCCGAUCUAGAAGCACUUAAAUGCUGCACUCUGUAGUAUUUCUCUUGUCCGUUUCAAAAUAAAAGUGCCAAACCUUGUUGUUAUAAAGUGUAAAUAAUGUUUUGAAAGAUAUUUGUCAAAUGUUUUAAAAACAAAAUGUAAGUGGAGGAAUUGCCUCUUGUAUUGUUUACCAGUAGUGAAUUCUUAGUAACCGUCUUUAAAUUGUAACUCUGAAGUCUAAUCGCCUGUAAGUGUUCCAACAUGGAAAUCUAAAGCUAGCCAAAGUAUUUCACGGACGGUUAGCUUUUGAUUCUGUGUAGCACUAUAAUUUGGGAGGGCAGCAACAUUUGUCAUGGCAAUCAGUCAACCUAUGCAUUUCCUUUUUUUCCCACAAGAAGAGAGAGAUCUGCUGGAUAUAAUGAAACGUCCGUUGAGCAAUUUUAUUGGGAAUAACUACAAGCUGUUUUCAUUAGGUUCCAAAUCUGUUGAAAAUAAUGCUGGAUUUGCAUAGAUUCAGGUGAUCCAUCUUUUGUAAUUCACUCUGGAAACACUUGUAUGGCACAGGACUUUAUUUCUGUAUAUAUGUUCUGAAUUUAACUUGUAUGACUGGUGAUUGGAAGCACUCAUCAGACACAGCUGACUGACUGCUGAUCCUCCUCACAGGAGACAAUAUGUAUGUUGAAAAGUUUGCUUAAAGCAGUAACUCUAUAUGCAAACCAGAUCAGUCUGAAUGUAAUUUGGAAUGUGUGAGUUUUCACUUACUUUUAAGAUGUUGCUUCUCAUCACCUUUCACUUCUUUCCUGAAAGAAAUGGCCACAAGUAAAAACUGGCCAGUGUUGGUUUUCUCUAAACUGGCUUGUGCCUGAAGACCUGAAGCUGUGAAUUUGUUUGUAAGUUUUCUAAACCUUCCUAAUAAACUUAAACUUCUAAUA